AUUAACAUAUAAGAAGAACUAAAGUAAGUUUAACUUUUACUUGAACUUUGUACUCUUUAUACGCGUCAUAUUUUAUAGAUCAUCGUCUUUUGUCUGUAAUCUGUAAAAGAAAUAGUAACUACAGCUGUAAAAUAAAUGCAGUGCAGUAAUAUUUCUUGUCAAAUGUUGUACAAGUACUACAAAAAGUGCCUCAAAAUUAUACUUAUACCAUUGCUGUGAACACUCCUCAUAAGGUUUUUAGGGAUGGUCUCGAGCAGUAAUUGUGUUUGAGCAAAUUGCAGUGACAGGGACAGCAGGGAACUGGACUUUGCUUUUGUUUUAUGGCUCUGAGCUGCUGAUACGUUGUCGCCUAGUGAUCACUUUGUGUGCUCGGGCUGCAGUUGUGUUAGUCAGUGCAUCCAGCGGGAGUUGGAGGUAAAAGAAAAAGAACGUGACAGAUUUCUUUCAAGCUUUUCUGUUCUUUUAAGAGAUGUCUAGGUACCACAAAGCAGCAAUUGAUGGAUACUUGGACCUCUUGAAGGAGGCCACAAGGAAGGACUUGAACACUGCGGAUGAAGAUGGCAUGACUCCCACUUUACUGGCUGCUUUUCAUGGACAUGUCGAUGCUCUUCAGCUCAUAUGCAGCAGAGAAGGAGACCCCAAUAGGAGUGACAUCUGGGGGAACACACCAUUACAUCAUGCUGCAGCCAAUGGCCACAUGCACAUCCUCAGCUUUCUGGUCAACUUCGGUGCCAACCUCUUUGCACUGGACAAUGACUUCCACACAGCUAUGGAUGUUGCUGCUUCUCGUGACCGCAUGGACUGUGUGCGCUUCCUAGAUGAUGCUGCCUCAAAGCAGACCAAUAAAAAUCCCAAGAAGGUUGCGACUCUAAAGAAGGAGGCCAACAAAGAAGCAGAGAGACGUGUGAAACUUUGUGAGAAGGUAAAGAAGAAACACGAAAGCAAGAUGAAUAAACUGCAGCGUGGUGCAAGCACCUCUAGUUCUGCUUCAGAGGUAUCAUCAUUCUCAGAUGGUAGUAACAUGAUUGGCGUCAGUGAGCAGUUCUCCAAGCUUAUUGCUCCUGAUAAAACUGGCUCUCUUACAGCGAGAGUUAAAGGCACACUCUCCAGGCUUGGUAAGAAAGAUAAAGGCACGCUGCAGAGAUCAGGAGGGGAUGGGAAUGUGGUUUACCUCAAACCGGACAGUGCAGUGUCCGAGAAGCCAGACCUUAUGGGUGUCUUCAAUGAACAGGAUGAAGGCAUGGAAGAUGAAAGAAUGGCAGGCUAUGACGAUGACGACGAUGAAGAAUCAGGCGAAGUCAAACAGUCCAUCUUCAACCGGCCCGGGCUUGGAGGUCUGAUUUUCAUGAAGAUGGGGCUGGAAUCAGAGGACAUCCCCAGUGAAAACAAUGAAAGCCUUGGCUAUCUUGUUCAGAAUGAGCUGAAUGAAGAAGAUGCUGCUGGCUUUGAUGGGAGUGGUGACACUGAUCUGCCGUGGGACCAGGAAGAUUUGGGACUGGAUGAUGAUGAAGAUGAGGAUACCUCUCCUUUAGAUGUUUUCUUGUCUGCCAUCUCCUUGCCAGAGUUUGCCCUUGCAUUCAGCAGAGAGCACCUGGACCUGGAUGCGCUAAUGCUUUGCUCUGAUGAUGACCUGAAAGGCAUUCGGAUCCAGCUGGGACCCAGGAAGAAGAUCUUGGAAGCUGCUGCUCGCAGAAAGAAUGCACUGAACACUCCUGGCAUCAUUAAGGAUAGCUGCUUGUGAUCUACAGAACACAUGGACACUGAUCUAUAAUCCAAUUUUAAACUUAAAUGAGUCGGUAUCUAUAAAACUGUUUUCCCACAAUUUAAAAAUAAUCAAACUUACACUCUCUAGAGAUGGCACUGAGAAAUCAUCUGUAUAUACAGUAUAAUUCAUGUUAUAACCACUUACAACAUGGCAGUAAUGUUAGGACCUACAAUAUCAAUAAUAACCUUCACACAUCUGGUUGAAAAAGUUAAAAUUAAAACAACAUAAUAAAGAACAGAAACAUGGCAACUCAAUCUUAUAACAUCAAUGCUACUGUAUAGACAAAAAACAGACUUGUUUUGUUGAUUGAUUCUUUUCCUUAAAUGAGAUCAGAGGAUCAGUGGUUGAUUUUGUUGUGCUGUUUUAUGCUUGUUGUAAUUACACAACUGUCAAAUAAAUAAGACCUGUGCAAAAUAAUGUCUCCAAUGUAAUAUUAUCUGAUGCAUAUAUGUGUUUGUGUGCGUGUGCACUUGUAUUCAUCACGUUGUGGGGACUUGGUUACACAAAUAAGAUUGUGGGGACUCACCUUCCAUUUGGGGACAAAACCAAGUCAAACCAUUACAUUUUGAUGAUGAGCAUGUUCACAACAAAACAAAUCACAUCUCGGUCUUAUUCUCCAGUUAGAAAACCACCACCUGAUGUGGUUCUCAUCGACAUCAUUUAGUGUAGCAAUGUCACAGGAGCAGGAGAACGUUGCAAUUGCAAUGAUUUAAUAUACACUGUCCUUCUUGAAUGAAUUUUAGUUUUAGCUAGAGAAAACAAUGUUUAUUAUUCAUUUUAGCCUUGAACAAAGAUAGG